AUGACCAUGACCAUCAGUUUCGAGCCAUAUGUGGGCUCCUCUGUCGAUGCUCUAAGCAUCCCUCUCUACCUUCGAUGUCAACUCAUUUUCAAGCUUGCUAAGCCUUAUAGUGCUGUACCUCUGCUUGAAUCAGGAGUUAGCCGUCUUAUACAAGCGUUACCCUUCCUCUCGGGUGAGUUCACGGCCGUGCCAGCAUCCGACGGUGGGAAAGAGAUUCUUCUCGUUCGCCCUACGCCCAUCUUCCAGCUCAGCCGUAUACUCAAGAUUAAGUAUCACGAGACGUCCAUCCACCAUGUAAUCAGACAAAUGGACAAGCCAAGCAGCCAGGGUGGUGACCUUCCGCAUGAGCCGUAUAUGCCCUACCCACGUCUUCCAGAUCCUUCACUCCCUCAGCCCAUCGUCGGGUUCCAGGUUAAUGUUCACACUGAUGGUAUCAUUCUUUCAGUUGCUACGCAUCACUGUUCCUUUGACGCAACAGGGAUGGGAUCGAUGGUCCAAAACCUCGCAGCCUGCUGCCGCUGUGCACCAGGCGACGAGCCUGCCUUGACUACGUCGUCAGCCCAGGAAGCAGAAGCAAGAAAAGUCCUCUCGCAAAUUCGCGAGACACCUUUUGAUCCAACAAUGUUCCCCGAGUACAAGCCCCUGGACAGUAUGGUGUCCUAUUACAAAGGCGUCCAGUCAGCGCUCCAAGGUCGUCAAACCACUCUCGUCAAUCGAUGUUUCACAAUCGCCACCGAUAAGAUCAACGCGCUCAAAAAGCGCUGCAAUGCAUUGAUCCCGGAAAUGGUGAAAAAGUAUGGACUUUCAACUCAGGAUGCCACUGAAAGCGCCGGGGUCUCGAGUGAUGAUGUUGUUGCUGCCCUCUUGUGGACAUGUAUCAAUCGAGCACGAUAUCCCGAAUUAUGCGAGCGCAGCGUUCAACAGCUCCCACCAGACCUCCUACAUGCGACAUCUAGCCUGGGUGUGCCAGUGAACGUUCGCUCUCGACUGUCACCCCCAUUACCCAAAUCGUCCUUAGGUAACGCCGUGUGUCUUCUCCGGGAGCAGGUCCCGCUGCAUUUUUUCGCUUUGCCCGGUCACGCUAACACGGAGGCCACUUCUACCCUUGACGCGGACCAUUCCGAAGACGACGAAUGGGCCAUGUCCUUCUGUCGAGUCGCCUACGGACUCAGAGCGAAACUGAACGCGAUUGAUGACGGCUAUAUCCGCGACUAUAUAUCCUACGUGCAAAAGUCUCCGUGCCAUCUUUCAGUGACACUUGAUACGGAGAACCUCUAUGUCAGCAACUGGCGCGAGGUCAGUGUGUAUGACGCUGAUUUUGGAGCCAUGUUGGGCAAGCCGCUCCGGAUGAGAGCUCCAGACGGAUACUCUGAUGGCCUGAUCUUUGUGAUGGCGCAGCGGAGUGAGGAUAGGACUGCCCCGUGGGAGUUUAAUAUCUCUCUGGAGCCAUCGGCAAUGAAGAGUAUUGAGCAUGAUCCCCUCUGGUGCAAAUAUGUUGCGCUGGAUGAGUUCUGGCAUGGAGAAGCAUGA